AUGUCAGACUACUCGCAAUACCAAGGCCCCUCGACAGAAUGGGAGACCUUCGUUGAGAAGAACCCUCUUCCCCCCGGAAACUUUAGCCUCCCCCCUCAAACAAUCCGACAAACCGCCAACGCACUACGGGUCCAAAUCUCCCAAACCGAGCUAACCAACGAGUCCCUCCGCGACCUCGUUCACUGGCACGACCACUCUAUCCUCACAACAGACACCCAAAGAAUCCUCGCCCGCGUCUACACCCCCAGCCAGCCGUCCCCCCGCGCCUAUCCGGUCUACCUCUACUUCCACGGAGGCGGCCAUCUCCUAGGCACAAUCGAGACCGAGGACGCGGCGUGCUCGCGUCUUGCCGCACAAGCGAAUCUCAUCGUCAUCAACGUCAACUACCGACACACGCCGGAAUUCAAGCACCCGACGCAGGUCAACGAUGCAUGGGACGCGUUUACCUGGCUAUCGCGUAACGCAGGGAUUCUCAAUGCCGAUCCAACGCACGUCAUUGUGGGCGGGAUCUCAGCGGGCGCGGGGCUCGCUGCGUCGGUUGUCCUCCGGCACCAUCAUUCCAUGCAUCAACGCGUGGUGGGUGCAGACUCGGAGGAUUCAGAAGCGACGCCUCCCCUGACCGUAAUCGGACAGCUCCUCUGUAUCCCCUGGCUGGUGCACCCGGAUAACUACAACCUCCCGUUGGGUUCCGGAGCAGGGUCGUCCUAUGCGCAGAAUGCGAACGCACCUGUUCUGCCCAUGGCGUUGCUCCGGCUAUUUACGGAUCUGCUGGGCGCGGGAGAUCCCAGCGACCCGGAGUUGAACGUUGGGUUGGCAGGGGAUGAGGCUGUAGCUGGAUUGCCGAAGACGGCUUUCUUGGUUGCGGGGAGGGACCUGUUAAGGGAUGAAGGGUUGUAUUAUGCGGAGACGUUGGAGAGGAAUGGGGUACCGACCAAGGUGCAUGUCUUCCCUGGACUGCCGCAUGGGUUUCGUCGGUUUAGUGCACUUCCCUCGAGCCGGGUAUGGGAUGAGUUGUUGGUGCGGAACUGCCAGUGGAUUCUGUCGGACAGCCAGGAGUCUGAAUUUGGUGUUGUUGACACAUCUAGGUAG